CAAGUACAUAGAUAUCGCGGAAUACUACGGAGGCUACUAAUAACAACAUAAACAUGAAAUCUGUUAUCUUUUUCGCUAUUUUGGCUUUUGCCAUUGCCUGCGUUUUGGCCUGUGAUCCCGAUGGCAAUAAUCAACCCGAAUGUACUGCCAAAAAUGUAAAUGUACCCGUUCGUAACUUCUGGGAUCCCACUUACUAUUGGUUGUGUAAAUCUGCUGGUGCCGUUGCUGAAUCUGUACGUUGUCCCGAUGCUGAAGGUUUCGAUUCAGCUAAGGGUGCUUGUGUACCCUUCAGUGAAUGGAAAUGGACUGAACCUUGCCCAUCUGCUUAAAGAAAGGACAAUUUUUUAUUGAAGACUUUGGAAUUAACGAUAAUCGAAUUUUAAAUUAAAUUAAAGAGAUUGAUAUUUUUA